UGAGGGAGCUUUUCGAAAAGCUCUGCUCGUCAUCGCCACCGAGAGCCUGCAGUUGUCGAGGCAGCCCCUCACUCGGUCGCUAAGCCUAAAAUGGACGUCGGCGGAGCUUACGGUGGUGGCAAGGCCGGGGCGGCCUUCGACCCCAUCACCUUCGUCCAGAGGCCGCAGGUCAUCCUCCGGGGCGUGUGCCUGUUUUCUUCGUUAAUCGUCUACUCGUGCAUAAGCGGCAAGGGCUACAUCGAAAAGGACGGCAAAGACGUCUGCCUGUACAAUGGGGACGCGAGCGCUUGCAGCUACGGCAAGAUCGUCGGCUUUCUCGGGCUAGUCGGGAGUAUUGGCUUCUUGGUCGGAGAGUACCUCUUCGAGCAAAUGUCAUCCGUGAAGACUCGCAAACACUAUGUCCUCGGUGACCUUGGUUUCUCGUCCUUCUGGGCUUUUCUCUACUUCAUAGCCUUUUGCUGGCUGUCAAGCGCGUGGAACAAGACCGAAGAGCCCGAGAACCAUUACGGAACGACAAGCGCCCAGUUCGCCAUACUUUUAUCUUUCUGUUCCAUCGUAACUUGGGCUGGCUGCUCGUGGUUCGCGUACCAGCGGUUCAAGCAGGGCGUGGAUCCAGCCUUCGCCUCGACCUUCGAGGCCGAUCCCUCCGGCGGCCAGGGCUACUCGAGCUACCCGGACGGCACGGACGCCGCCUACCAGGACCCACCUUUUGCCCAGCAGCAGCAGCAGUACCAGCAACAGAGACCAAUGGGCGACUUCCAGGCCCCGACUUAUUGAGUCGCGAGUUCUCAUCCGGGUUGAGCCGUAAGACGCGCGGACGCACUCAUGAUGGUUCGGCCGCUGUGUCCAUCUGCCAACUAUGCGUUGAUCAAACUUAUGAAACGGUUGCUCGUGUUUCCUUACAUUUUCAACAUUUUUUUCGUUACUGCUGAAUGAAUAGAUCACCACUGCUCCUGUUGCUGAAUCUCGCCAGUUUCUCAUCGACCGCUUUAUCGUUUUUUUUUUUUAUUUUAUUUUCUUUUUUUUUUAAUGCUUAGAUGCACCGCAAUUGAAGUUAACUUGGGGGUCGAUCGGAAAAUAAAAAAAAAAGCAAAAAACAGCGUGACAUUACACUGUACACAUUCAUUCUAAUGCAUGUAAGUUGGUGAAAACACAUGCAUAAAUGCACACAGGCUAUGUAUAUUGUAACGUUGUAUUGUGUUCGAAGUAUUCGCAAGCGCAAAGUGCAAGAAUUCAUUAAUGCGUGAUAUACUUAGGGAAAAUAUCCUACAGAAUAGCCGUUCGAAAUAUGCUUAAAAUACAAACAUAUUGUACUUAUCGAGAGAAGAAAAAAAAAAAAAAAAAAAAAAAAAA